CUUGGCGAUAUCAGGAGAUGAGGCUUGUAUUGGUAAUCCUGUGGACAUUCUGAAGCUUUUGCCUCGUCGUGGGACAGAUGUGUCCUGGAGGCUGAGGGAUUUCCACAAGACCACACGGUCGAGUCAAAGGUAUAUCAUUGAAGACAUCCAGCAGCUAUCAUGGCUUCCACUCUCAUCUCCAACACUCCUGUCUUCACUUUCUUCAUCAUUCUUCCUUGAUACCUUCGAUAUGUCUGCCUCCGUCGACUCCAGCACUAUCUUCCGCGUCGAUGGCAUUGUGGCCGUCAUUACCGGCGGUGGCAGUGGCAUUGGUCUGACUAUGACCCGCGCCCUGGCCGCCAACGGUGCUUCCAAGGUCUACAUUCUGGGCCGUCGAUUGGAGGUCCUUGAGACCGCUGCCGCCGAAUUCCCCGGCGUGGUCAUCCCUCACCAGGCCGACGUGACCUCGAAGACCGACCUCCAGGCGGUCGUGGAUCGCAUCAAGAGCGAGGUGGGCUACGUGAACCUCGUCGUGGCCAACUCCGGCAGCAUUGGACCCCCCGUCCGCUUCAACCCGGCGGCCUCCUUGCCCGAGCUGCGCCAGACCCUAUUCACCGACUUCUCGAUGGAGGGCAUGAACGACGCUCUGAACCUCAACAUCACCGCGGCCUUCUUCACCAUGACCGCAUUCCUGGAGCUCCUGGACGCGGGCACGCAGAACGCUCUCCGCGGCGGUUUCGGCAAGCCUCUCAAGGAGGGCAGCGACGUGCCCUCCAUCCAGAGCCAGGUCAUUUUCACGACGAGUAUCUCGGCGUUCAGUCGGCACUGGAGUUCGUCGCCGCCGUACCUGACCAGCAAGGUGGCCAUCAUGCAGGUGACGAAGCAUGCCAGCACCCAGCUGGCCAAGUUUGGCAUCCGAGUCAACGCCAUUGCUCCUGGCAUCUACCCGUCGGAACUCGCGUCGGUUCUCAUCUCGACCCGCAAGCCCGAGGAAGAGGCGUUCGAGGACCAGCGUUUCAUCCCGGCGCGUCGCUUCGGAGGAGACGAGGAAAUGGCCGGUGCUAUUCUGUAUCUGACCAGCCGGGCAGGAAGCUAUUCGAACGGAUCGAUCCUGGUUACGGACGGUGGUCGCUUGUCUGUUAUGACCGGUACUUACUAGUCGGAAUCCUGUAUCUUAAGUUCUUAGUAGUCAUGACUCCGCAUUGCGCUGGGGGAAUAUAUUUCAAUGCAC